AUGGUUUGCUAUGCGCCGUUGCAAAUUGAUGUAUAUGUACAGUAUAUACGUCUUUCACUAAUUUUAUCAUUUUAUUCAGAUAACAAAAUUGACGGCGAAGACUUUUUUGCUCUCGAACUGAGAGACAUAAAACAGUUCAUUCCAACUUUUAAAACGCGAAAAAAGUUCAUAGCCUUGUGGACGUCGAUUACCGGCAUGGAAUUUGACUCCAAUGGUGCAAAAGUUGAUAGGAGCACAGCUUUUCCAGGGUAUUCCAGUGAGUCUAAUGCUACACCUGCGAAAGAAACUGGGUCUAUCUUCGACUCAGUUCAUUGUGACAAGCCAGUUGAGCCUGCAACGCUAAUACAAGCGAGUAAAGAGGUCACUGAAACCAGUCCAUGCAAUAAGACCACUUCAAAUUCCUCAAAAAGUUUGCUUUCCCCUCAUUCAUGGAUCAAGAAUUUCAAAAUUCCUUCCAGGUGGGAACCAAAUGUGGAAAAUGCACUGAAAGCUGGCCAGCUUACACCUGAACAGAAAAGUGCACUGAAUCGACAAUUGUGUAUGUCUAUUAUGGCACAGCAUUCAGGUCAAUUAACUGCAGCUGAGAGGAACCAAGUUGCUAUAAUGCUUAUUCAAAAAUACCCUUGUUUGAGUGGAUCCUUUGGAACUGGUCAUCAAUUCUGGGCAAAGAAAAUAAGGGAUAGACUUUUAAAUGUGGGGCGAAGGGAUGCUCGAGAGCAUAAAAGAAACGUUGAAGCUUCUGGGAAAGUUUAUGAGAAGAGAAAGCCAGGUCGAAAACGAAAGCUUUUGGAAUCGUCCGAGAUUCCACUGAUCCCAGCAGGUGAAACAGAGGAAACUGUCAAUGAGCAGCAUUCGCAGCUCAAAGCCUUUUGCAAGACUAACAAACAGGAUGUGAUGCUUGUUCGACAACUGAUGGAUGGCACGUUUCCUAAAAGGAGAAAAACUAUUCUGGAGGACAACGAGAGGGUCUGGAAAACUCUGAAGAAUUAUCCACCCUUGACCAGGGGAAAUGGCAGUGAGAUAAAAGCAGAAUUGGGAAGAAUUUUAAAGCGUGAACGCGUGGCCCAGGAAAUGAAGGAGGCUUUUUCAAUGAUUCGCCCUCGGUUGUUGGCUGCUUUAAAGCAUAAUAAGAAGAAAGACAUGCAGUCUCUUUUCAUGGAAUUAGACGAAUGUGAUUCAACUAACGUAGAAGAGAUGGAAAACCGUUGUAUAUUCGCGUCCCUACCGCAUGUAUUGGGCGAGAAAAAGUCGAAGUCCAUAGCUAUAGGUGAAUUGUUUUGGAAAAUUGUUGACAUAACAGAAGGCGCAACAAAUAUUACGAAAGUUAUCGAGCAAAGCUCUACACCCAGGUUGGUGUCCGCUGGAACAGUUUUAAAUGUGGAGUCGCUGUGUUUAGCUGCUGAAGGCAUGGUCGUGUGCAAAUUUGGUCCGGUGAAUGCAAUUCUGAACGCGGUUGUUACGUUACUUGCAAGUUUCUAUGUUUUUAAUGCCAGCUAUCCAGGUGGAUUACCCAAGAAUAUUUUCACAUUCCUGGAGCAUGUGCUAGAACUAAAUACAACACAUAGCUCAUUGCCUAUUGCGGUUGACAAUUUUAUGUCAGAAAUUAAUUAA